AUGGGGAAAGUGGGGUCAUUCAGAGCCUUGGACCAGGGGGUCUGCUCCAAGCAGACGCUGGUGGUCCCGCUCCGUUACAACGAGUCCUACAGCCAGCCCGUGUAUAAGCCCUACCUGACCCUGUGCCCGGGAAGGCGCCUCUGCAGCACCUACAGGACCACGUACCGCGUGGCAUGGCGGGAGGUGCGGAGGGAGGUGCGGCAGACGCACGCCGUGUGCUGCCAGGGAUGGAAGAAGCGGCAUCCGGGGGCGCUCGCCUGUGAGGAAGCCGUCUGCGCCAAACCCUGCCUGAACGGAGGCGCCUGCGUCCGGCCGGACCGGUGCGAGUGCGCCCCCGGCUGGGGUGGGAAGCACUGCCACGUGGACGUGGAUGAAUGCCGGACUAGCGUGGCCCUCUGCUCGCACCGUUGCCGGAACACGGCAGGCAGCUUCUCCUGCGGCUGCCCCCACGGCCUGGUGCUGGGCCCGGACGGGCGCACCUGCCUGGAGGGGUCCCCGGAGCCUCCGACCAGCGCCAGCGCCCUCAGCGUGGCGGUUCGGGAAGCGGAGCCGGAUGAGCGCGCCCUGAGGCGAGAGAUCCGUGAGCUGCGAGGGCGCCUCGAGCGGCUGGAGCAGUGGGCUGGGCAGGCCGGGGCCUGGGUCCGAGCGGUGCUGCCUGUGCCCCCCGAAGACCUGCGGCCGGAGCAGGUGGCAGAGCUGUGGGGCCGGGGCGACAGGAUAGAAUCUCUCAGCGACCAGGUGCUGCUGCUGGAGGAGAGGCUGGGCGCCUGCUCCUGUGAGGACAAUAGCCUGAGCCCAGGCCUCAAGGGGCGGCAAUGAGGACCCUCUGCAGAGCCCUGCCCCCAAUUUACACAGAAGCUGGACCCACUCAUCCUCUGGGACUCGCCAGCUGGGGACCUGCAGAUGAGGUCACCUGCCACUAAGGAGCGACGUCUUGGCCGACUCCCUCCGGGUGGGAACUGCUUCAACUUAACAAAGGCAGCUAGCGUCCAGA